GCGUGUCCUGGCUGUGACGGGGCGUGUUCUGUCGGCGCGGGCGCGGCGGCGGCGGCGGCGGCGCGGGCAGUCUGCGGACGCGAUGAGGCGUCGCGGCGAGCGGGGCGGCGGCGGCGACAGCGGCCCGGCGGAGGGCAAGGCCGGCGGGGCACGGCGGGAGCGGGGCCGGCUGGCCUGGUGCCCCCGGCUGCGCACCCUCCUCCUGGACCUGCUCCUCAUCUACAUCUCCGUGCCCUUCCUCAUCCGCCUCUUCCCCGUCCUGCUCACCAAAUUCGUCUUCCUGAACUUCCUGGCUUUCCCCUUCUUCGUGGACCUUCGGCGGCCGGAGCUGCUGCUGAACAACACCAUCAGCCUGUACCUCCCCACCGAGCCGGGCGUCACAGUCGGCAUCUGGCACACGGUGCCGGGCAGCAGAGGGGCCGAGGCGCAGGGCAAGGACCAGCGCUGGUAUGAGGAGGCUCUUGGUGACGCUCACCCCGUGAUCAUCUACCUGCACGGCAACGGGGGGACCAGGGCUGCGAGCCACCGCGUCCAGUUCUUGAAGACAAUGGGGGCUGCUGACUUCCACAUCCUAGCGCUCGACUACAGAGGCUAUGGGGACUCCAGCGGGCACCCCACGGAGAGCGGCUUCACCACAGACGUCCUGGCGCUCUACGACUGGGCCAAAGCGCGGAGCGGGAACAGCAGCAUCCUCUUCUGGGGACACUCCUUGGGGACAGGGAUUGCCACGAACACAGCAAGGAAACUGCAGGAGGAGCGAGGGGUCCAGGUUGAUGCUGUCGUCCUGGAGUCGCCCUACACCAACAUCCGCGAGGCGGCCGCCCACAUCCCCAUCACCACGAUCUACCGCCAGUUCCCGGGUUUCGGCUACUUCAUCCUGGACUCGUUAGCCCUGGGCGACAUGUUCUUCGCCAGCGACGAGAACGUGAAGGUGCUGGCCUGCCCCCUCCUCAUCCUGCACGCCGAAGAUGAUGCCGUGCUGCCUCCGCACCUGGGUCGCAAGCUCUUUGAAACCGCACGCAACGCCUACAAGGACAAAACCAAGGUGAAGUUCAUUACCUUUCCCGAAAAGCUGGGCCUGGGCCACGACUACAUCUCGUUUAACCCGGAGCUGCCCGUCCUGGUCAAAGACUUCUUGAAGAUGAAGUGAUGGCGGCUGCUGCCUGUAGCAAGCACGAGCGCUCCCUCCUCCCACCCCCCGGGAACCCCCUCCUUGCACUGAAUUUACUGCUGUACGUAAUAAAAACUACUGAGAAACUUU